UGAACGUGAACAUAUUGGGCUCUCUGUGUGUGUGUUUGAGGCAGCUUGGGGGUGUUCGCUUGAUGUCAUUUGGCAGAAAGGAAGGUUGAGCUAACGGUGGUCACACAAGUGGAAAAGCAUCCCAACAACUGUUUUGUUGUCCAGUGGGAGCUUUGGAGUUCUCAGACUGAUCCCUAACUCACAGCAGCAAAGAGGAAAGCUACAGCCCGUCUGCGGUCCGAAACCGGGGAAGAGGAGGGAAGAGCUGCUGGCUAACGGGACUAAAAGUACCAGAUGCUAUUUCAGCGGAGGAGAACCAGCUCGAGUAAACAAGACGGGGUGAUGGGUUCUCGUUUUCCUGAUGGAUAACCGUAAACCUUCACCUUAAAUUGGGAUUUUUUUUAAGUGAGCGGCGUUUGCGUUGCUUUAUUUUUUCUGGAAGUCAGUUGGUGUGACAUUGUACCUGAAAUGCUCGCGCAGUUGCGGUCUCGGCCGUCUAGCAGCCGCUGGGCCGCAUCUCGGCACACCGAGCCCGAAUCUGGGAAAUAGCUAGCUAACUGUCUGCUAGCAGCAGCCGUACCCGAUGCUGCUGCAGCGGCGGCGGCUGCUAAGCGGAUCCGACAGACACCACAAGCACUUCAAGGCCUGAGCACCGAGUCUGCUUUUGUUUUCGCCGCACCGGACUGCAACAGAGAUGUGACGCUUUUGUGUGCCCAACUGGAGCCUCGACGCGAAUGGGCUAGCUUUGCUCCAAAAUGCACAGAAGCACGAGAGCAGGAUCCUCUUGAGGGGGGCGAGGUUAGACUGAUAACAGCCCACCCUGAACCUUUCAACACCCGUGGUCGCACUCGGAUAACGACCACCGCGCUCCCACGUCUUUCCUCGGGGUUUAGCAGCUGGAAGAGGGAUGGAUAAACUCACGAUCAUUUCAGGGUGCCUCUUCCUGGCUGCAGACAUCUUUGCAAUAGCCAGCAUUGCAAACCCAGACUGGAUCAACACUGGUGAAUCAGCAGGUGCACUCACAGUUGGGCUUGUCCGGCAGUGCCAGACCAUCCACGGGCGAGACCGAACUUGCAUCCCUCCCCGACUGCCCCCCGAGUGGGUCACCACACUUUUCUUCAUCAUCAUGGGCAUCAUAUCUCUCACAGUCACCUGUGGACUGCUAGUUGCAUCACACUGGCGUAGGGAAGCUACCAAAUACGCCCGCUGGAUCGCUUUUACUGGAAUGAUCCUGUUCUGUAUGGCGGCGCUCAUCUUCCCCAUAGGCUUCUAUAUCAACGAGGUGGGAGGCCAGCCGUACAAGCUGCCCAACAACACGGUGGUGGGCUCCUCGUAUGUGCUCUUCGUCCUCUCCAUCUUCUUCACCAUAGUGGGACUGCUGUUUGCAGGAAAAGUUUGCCUCCCGGGUUGAGGACUCCACCACGCUCCCCUCUGGACUGCUCCCAGGGGGCUCUGAGAAUACCAUGGGAUUUACUCGAACACAGUGACUGAAAAUUUAAAAAUAAAACCCAACAAAACUCUCGCCGCAAUCCCAAAACGGGGAGGCCUCCGCUUAUGUGUCAAGGGACCGCAGCACCACGGAGAACCGAACGGCUAAAGGAUGCAAAACGGACAAAUGAGCCAAGCGCGACUGGACAGAGACCCGACGGGGGGGGGGUGAGGUGUGAAAGAGUGCAGCCUCCUCGCCACUGCUGAUUUCAGCCACAGCCCUAUUUCUGUUGUCGUUCUGUCGGGGAAGGGUGCUUAAUGUGCUGCUGUCAUGGCAACCACCGCCACUGUGUUGGCGCACAUUUCUUGAGGACCACUACAGCCACUCACCGAUUUGAUUCCCUGCUGCCCCCCUCCAAGCACACAUCUGCUCCAUCACGGCCGCUCCUAUUGCUAUUUUUGGCUCCUCCUUGCUAUUUUCAGACAAAUCUGUUGUACUUUUUUUUUUUUCUUUUCUCUUCCAUCUUACACCACCUUGCCUCUGAAAAGUGUUACUGCUGCUGACUGAGCGGGAAUUGGAGGGCGUUCCGAGAGCCUGUCGGUGUGGGGGGGGAAGCACGGCGCCCCGCCAUAUUGCACGGCCUCAGGUGUGCAGUUGGGAAGAACAGCUGCGUCUGCAGCUGUUCCGCACACAGGCGGCCUGCUCUGGAUGAGAGGUAGAUACAGCUGUGCUUCCUCUUAGUCUCAUCCAGGUUUAGGAACAGGUGGUAGACGGGAGGUCACCGUUAAGGUGAGCGCCACCCAGUCAACGAAUGAUGUUAUUUAUACGGAUAGAAGCAAAAUAUUAGUGUAGGCAGCUCAGCUAGACCCAUCUUACUGAUGCACAUCCCUCAGCAGUAUCUAGAAGACUGUGAAUUUAAGGAAUACUCAUCCGAACAUAAACACACCUCUUGUUCUUGUAUCUUUGUUGAGUAAAGCCAUGCACCGUGGCCUUCCCAAAUGCAUUUCUCAACUUGUACAUUAAUUGCAGAGAGGACGAGACAGUAUUUCUGACUGAAGAUAUGAAAACAUGUGAAUGCUGAAAAUUGGUGGUAUUCUCCUUUAUUGUUUGGAAAAAGAGAGGCAGAAGCUUUUUUUUAAUUAUUAUUUUAUUUUGUGUACGAGUGAAGGCACUGGGACUGCAGGUCAGGUCCAUGCAUGGGGCUGUGCCUCAGAGUGCUGCUCAGGAGCUUUGUGAAUUCUGAAGGCACACAAACACACAUCGACUCUUCCUGCCCUUUUUUUUUUUAAUCGAUCAUAUUUAAGCUACAUUUUUGUUUUUGACUAAAAAAAAAAGCUUUUUUUCUCCUCUAAAUCCCUUUAAUGGAAAUAUUUUUUAUUGCGUUUCAUGGUUAGCUUUCACAAAAAUGUACCACAAACUGAAAAUGUCUGUUAGACAGACUGCUCUUUGUUCAGAGUGGAAAAUUAUAUAACAUUACAAAAAGAAAUAAUGCACAUGGGACAUGUGCAAAUGCCAAAAAAUGCAACUUUAGCUGCCUAUUUCUUACAUCUUUAUGCUCUAACUCUCUCAUUAUACAGAAACGUUUCUCCUCUCAUGUCUUAUUAGGUGUUCUGGUAUCGAUUUAAUGCUACAUUUCUUCUUUUAGCUUCUUUCUUCAUCUGUUCACUAUCUUCAUUAACCUCCUCUUUGCUCUUCCUCCCCUCAAUCCGUCUGCUAAAGCAUAAUUUUAUUUAUAAAAUCCCAAGCCACCAACAUGUAUGUUUUUAAUUAAGUGGCUCUUUAAAGUUUUUGCCUUCAACAUUAAUCAGACGUCUUCCAUUUAAGAAACGCCGUUAAUCCUUAGAAACUCAAACGUUAAAUCUGCGUAACAAACAACUCAAUUACAUUUGAAGCUCAAAUCGAAGAAUUGAUCUCAGAUUUACACAUUCUGUUCACGCGGAACGGCGUGGGAUCAGAUUAGCGACUGACUGUUGGAAAAUGUGUGUUUGUGUGUCGACGGAGUCACAAUCUCCUCAUUUGCAAAGUCUUAGGUUUUUUGUUUUCCCGCUGGGCUUCUCUUCCUCCGUCCCUUCGAUGUAAAACUGCUGAACUUUACGCUCUGCCUCGUUUGGUUUAGUAUCGUGCCAUGGCCUGACUUUGUUUAAUAAUGUACAGUCACAAAAGGCAGGAGUUCUGUAUUAGGAAGCACUGUGCAUUCAACAGUAUAGGUAUCAGACAUAGAAGCACCACAAAUGUAUAAAAAAACAAAAUAACUUCUUACCUCAUUGUUUUUUGUUUCUGCUAUGAUUUUCUAAUGGUGGCAACGUGUGUGCCCUCUAAUUUUGUUUCUUGCCUUGAUCGGAUGUCCACACAUAAAGCCUAUGAUCAUAGGAAAUUAUUUAUCACUGAAUAAAAAGAGAAAAAUGGGUUUGUGUGUGACUGACACCGCUUGGAUUUUGAUUUAUUUCAACGUACUUUAUACAGAUUUGAAUUUUUUUGUUUUGGUGUGAAUUUAUUUCCGUUUUUCCCGCCUCACAAAAUUAAAAAGAAGUGAUCCUGAAA